UCUCUCUCUCUCUCUCUCUCUCAGCCGUCAUGAAGAGACCGCCAUGCUGCGACAAGUUGAACGUGAAGAGAGGCCUUUGGACACCCGAGGAAGACGCGAAGAUGCUCGCAUACGUAUCGACGCAUGGAACCGGCAACUGGACUAUGGUUCCUAAGAAAGCUGGGUUAAACAGAUGUGGAAAGAGCUGCAGGCUUCGGUGGACUAAUUAUCUGAGGCCUGACCUUAAGCAUGAUGGAUUUUCCCCUGAUGAAGAAGAUCUCAUCAUCAACCUCCACAAAAUCUUUGGGAGCAGAUGGUCUCUAAUUGCAAAACAUCUGCCUGGAAGAACAGACAACGAUGUCAAGAACUACUGGAACACCAAGCUCAAGAAGAAGCUCCAAAAGAUGGGGAUCGAUCCAUUAACCCACAAGCCUUUCUCUCAGAUCUUCUCGGACUUUGAGAACAUGAGCAGCCGCCCAAACGCCCGACAUCACCAGAUCUUACCCGCGCCGUCGUGCUUGACUCAGGUCCCUGCAGGCUCCGAUUCUCACUUGGAUGUGAUCAUGAAGCCCGUGAUAGAGCAAGUUCAUGAGAAUUUCACCGCCGAAAAUCACCUCUCGUGGCCUCAGUACCAGGCGACGAACCAAGAAGUUAUGCAGCUGCAACAAUAUCAAUAUGUAUUGAGCGAGGUCACGUCUUCUUGUUCCUCGUCAUCCUCUCCUACUCUAACGCGACUUAACACGCAAGAGUCGGAUGGUCCAGCACUUCCUGCUCCCUUUGUUGCCUGGACUGGGGAUUCAAUUUCGCAUCAGCCAUCUCCCACUGGCAAUGUCUUGCAGAAGCGCAAAGGAGACUUGCACGAUAUAGUGUCUUCAUCGUCCGUCAACUGCGCGAGCGAUAUGGCGAAACAAGCACUCCCCGACACCUCCGUUGGCACAAUGGCUUGUGAAAAUGAAGCCAAAUGGGGCAAACCCGGCGAUUCGUGCGAGGGAGCGCAAGGAUUGGAGAGCCAUUUCGGAGAUGGUUCGUCCUCUUGUUUCGGCUCUUUCACGGACGCUAUCUUGGCCAGGGACAGCAAGAUGAGGUCGGAGCUAUUUCCAGAAUUCUUAGAUGGACUUCUAGAUUACUGACGAAGCACAUCGAGCAGUUUGGUGGUGGUGGUAUAGAUUAAUAUGCGUGCAUAACAAGAUUUUCAAAAAAUCCUAGUUAUUGUUACGAAACUCUGGCGAGAAGUUCGUCACUGGUUUGAUAAUGUUGAUUAUUACAUCCCCGUAGUAAAUAACAUGUCAUGCUUUCCUGUGCUAUCAAAUUUUCUUUUAAGAGCCAGACCAACUAUAGGCAACUCCCUUAGCCUAAUUAUUUAGCUUAUUAUAACAUGAUGGCCGAGGUAGCGAGCCGAAAAAGAGACCCCGCCUUGUGAGUGAAGCCCUCUUGGGAUCUAGGAGCGAGCAUCAGAGAAUUGGUAUAGCUCGGCCGUAAAGGGCUGGUCUUCGAACCAUCCCUAAACUGAUUAGGGAGAUCACACGCCUCAAUUUUUGCAAAGGAUAUUGUAGAGCAAGUUAUCAGAGAAACAUCGAAUCCGAUCAAAGCGAUCAAGGGGCUCGAUGUGCUGUUGCUUAGAGAUCAGCAUUCUUGAGUACUCAUUUGCUUUGAAUCUACACAAACAGGGUCAAGCGUUGAACACCCCAGGCACAGGCAAGGCCCAAACGUACGUAAAGAGGAAGCGUUAGGUAAAAUAAAUCACACAGAAUUCUAGAGCCCGGCCUCUUAAAAUGGUUUUUUUCCUUGGAUUGCAAAAAACAAAGACACGGAUAGAGUCAAAACUCAACGAAACCUCAGAGGGGACACCGACAGUGUUUUACAGAUCUUAUUGUCACAACUCGAAACCACCUAAACAAUGGAAAGUGACAUUCAGCAGCCUUCUUGUUCAAAGAGACGAAUCAUGAAGGAGGACACCCGAAUGUCAGUCUGAACAGAAUUUACUGCUUCCCUUCGUCUCAGACAAGGGCACUCGCAUAAGUUGGAUGGUUUGCCUCAUGGCUUGAGAGCCAAAGCAAGUCCAACUUUAGCACUCUUAUCUAUGGACUUGGUGUCAACUUCCCCUGAAAUGGUGAAGAGGGAUCUCGGUCGCCACUCAUGCUGGAUAAGAGCACUUACCUUGCCAGCAUUGGUCACUCUUGCCUUGACUGAUGUCAAAGGAUCCAAAGCAUGCUGGGUACCGACAGUGAUGGUAUUUUCAUUGCUUGAGAAGCAAUGGGUGAACUCGGCACCUACAGCAGUGUUGGUCAAA